AUGACACUGCUUGUCUCGGCGGCGCCAACCUGCAUCAACGGUGUGGCUGUCAACCCCUCCGUCUGGCGUUCUGCGUCAGAACAGCCACAGCCGAACCAAAGAAAGGCUACUACACCAGGGGUCACAGAGCCAAUUAACGAAGUACCAGUAGAGGAAAGCGAUCGCGGCGACGGCUACUUGGGCCAAUCCAUCGUGUACAACAAUUGCACCUUCACCGUGCACAGCAACAUCCCCCAGGAGAUGCUGUCGCACCCCUUCGCUCACGACCCGCGCUUGGGCGUCAGCUGGAAAUUGUGGCGGACCGACGUCGAGAACACGUCGCCCGUCCAGUUCGAGUGGACCUGGCACGACGCCUUGCAGCGAACCUGGUACGAUCUGAGCAUGAUCAACGCCGGAAACGCCGGGUGGCUCAGCCCCGUGGCCCACAGGGGGGAACCCAUCGUUGGCGAUGAGGAUGGACUGGGCGCCUACGUCGGCAAGGUCGCCAUCAAGCACGCCUUCAAAGUCGAGGGCAUGACGUUGGUCCCGGAGGUCGUCGGAGGCAACUGCGUGCCACUGCACUGCGCGUCUGGAGAGGCGUAUUGUACGGCCUCGUACAAUGUGCACAACGACUGGGGCCAGCAGCAUGACUGA